CCCGCCCCGCUGGCCAGUCCCCACGCCCACACACCCGAGGCUGCCUCAUCUGGCACUGAUUAUCCCUGCUGCUGCUGCUGCCGCUGCUAAACUCAGCUGCUGCCUCGGUCUCGAGGACCCCAGCGCCUCUCCCCCCGGCCAUGCUGCCUGCUGCCACUGCCUCCCUCUUGGGGCCCCUCCUCACUGCCUGGGCCCUGCUGCCUUUCGCCCAGGGCCAGACCCCCAACUACACCAGACCGGUGUUCCUGUGUGGAGGGGAUGUGACUGGGGAGUCUGGUUACGUGGCAAGUGAGGGUUUCCCCAACCUCUACCCCCCUAAUAAGGAAUGCAUCUGGACAAUAACGGUCCCUGAGGGCCAGACUGUGUCCCUUUCCUUCCGAGUCUUCGACUUCGAGCUGCACCCUGCCUGCCGUUACGAUGCUCUGGAAGUCUUUGCGGGGUCUGGAACCUCCGGCCAGCGGCUUGGACGUUUCUGUGGGACCUUCCGGCCAGCGCCCUUAGUCGCCCCCGGCAACCAGGUGACCCUGAGGAUGACUGCGGACGAGGGCACAGGAGGACGAGGCUUCCUGCUCUGGUACAGCGGGCGGGCCACCUCGGGCACUGGCCCCCCCCCAGGCGCGAGGCGGAAAUGGGUCACCGACCCGCGGGUGGAAUGGGCGGCCUGGGGUUACUGGGACGAACACCAAUUUUGCGGGGGGCGGCUGGAGAAGGCCCAGGGAACCCUGACCACGCCCAACUGGCCCGAGUCUGAUUAUCCCCCGGGCAUCAGCUGUUCCUGGCACAUCAUCGCUCCCCCGGACCAGGUGAUCUCGCUGACCUUCGGGAAGUUUGACCUGGAGCCCGAUACCUACUGCCGCUACGACUCGGUCAGUGUGUUCAACGGAGCCGUGAGCGACGACGCCAAGAGGCUGGGGAAGUUCUGCGGCGACACCGCCCCGGGUCCCAUCUCCUCGGAAGGAAACGAGCUCCUCGUCCAGUUCGUCUCUGACCUCAGUGUCACGGCCGAUGGCUUCUCCGCCUCCUACAAGACCCUGCCGCGGGGUGCCGCCAAAGAAGAGCAGGCCCAGAAUGCCGGGGAGGAUGCCCGGUCGGGUACCCCGAUCCUCAGCCCGGGCCCCAAGCCCGGACUCCCAUCUGAGGAGAAACCAAAAGCCUCGUCUGAGGCCCAGGCAACUCCGGGGGGCCCCGAUGUGCCCAGUGUCCCCUGCCCAAAGCAGUGUCGCCGGACAGGCACCUUGCAGAGCAACUUCUGUACCAGCAACCUGGUGGUGACCGCAACAGUGAAGUCCAUGGUUCGGGGCCCAGGGGACGGCCUCACUGUCACUGUCAGUCUCAUUGGUGCUUACAAAACCGGUGGCCUGGACCUGCCUUCUCCACUCACUGACACUCCCCUGAAGUUUUAUGUGCCCUGCAAGCAGUGCCCCCCCAUGAAGAAAGGAGUCAGUUAUCUGAUGAUGGGCCAGGUGGAAGAGAACAGAGGUCCUACCCUUCCUCCAGAGAGCUUCGUAGUUCUCUACCGGUCCAACCAGGACCAGAUCCUCACCAACCUCAGCAAGAGGAAGUGCCCCUCCCAACCUGUCCGGGCUGCUGGGUCCCAGGCCUGAAACCCAGGCCAGCUUCCCAGCCCCUAGCCCUAGGGACUCCUUUCUUAUCCAAAUAAAUGUUUCUUGACUGA